UUGUAUAUUAUUAAUUAUGUGCAGUACCUACUCUGAAUGUGAAUUCUAAAGUUAUUUCAUUUUUAUGCUUUGUAACGUCUUGUAAGUUUGUAAAUAAAUCAAACAUGAAUAGAAAAAGGAACGUUAAUUAUAUCAAACCUGACGACCCCCCAUUUUUGAAAGUUCUUAAAAAACAGGCAGGUUAUGAAGAAAGCGUCAAUCACAAAUUCGAUAAACUUCAAAAUGACGAAGCGGACUUUGUGGAAGAUGAUGAAAGUGAAUUACCUCAAGUAGUUGUAUUAAAAGAAGGCGACUUAACCGCGGAGGAAGCUGAUCUAGAGAAAGAGAAAGCAGAUAAAAUUGAAUCGGAAACCAAGGCGGAUCUAAGCCAAAGAGUUAUUUUCAAAUCUAAACGGAAAUCAAACACACCAAAUAAGAUCAUUAAAUCAAAUAAUAAAAGUAAUAGCAAUAAGGAUAUGUUAUCAUUUAAUGAUGAUGAUGAAGAAAUAUCUGACUGAAAUUCAAUUCUACUUUUUAAACUAGAUAUCUAUAUUGUCAUUAGUUAUAUAUCUUAGUAAUAAGUUUAUAAUAAAUUUUAAAUUUAAUUUAUUAUAAUUCUGACUAACAA